AGAUCAAUCGAGUCGACACCUGUUAACGAUCAUCUUCAAGCAUCACCAUGCAGAAAGGACAAGGUCAAGGAGUUUACACCAAGGCGCUCUGUGCGGUGUUGUGCUUGCUGGUAGCGGUUCAGACUGCAGGCGCCGUGCCGGUCAGGCACAAACGGGACAGAACACCCUGUAAGCAGAUGGAGGUCAACAGCAGGCUGGCCAUCAGACUCCGGCUACAUGUCACUGAUCUACGUGACUCCAUCCCGGUGGACCCAGAGGAGCAGGACCUCCCCACGCUGUUCCCCAGCCUCUCCCAGUCAUUCAGCAACCGGAACAAUCUCACGCACCAGGGCAGGUUGCAGUGGAUCGAGGACCGCCUCUUGAUGUUCCGUGAGAUGAUGAUGGCGUCACGCGCGGAGGGCGACUGGACCCCCGAGCUGAGGAGGAAGCUGCAGAGGGUGAUAGACGACACCCGAGGGCUGGUCCGGGCUGUGAGAGUGGCGGCCACCCUCCUGGGCAUCAGCCUGGAGCACAGUAACAGCACCCCGCCCAGCCCCGUCCCCUCAUCCGACCCCAGCAUGGACGCAGACGUCACGCACUACCUUCUCAUCCGGGACUUCGGACGUGUGGUGAUGGACGUCCAUCAUCAGUUUAACAGGCUGGCCCGAGCUACAUGUGACAUCUCGUAAUGUACAUGUAUGUACCGGACCAUAUGGGCACGAGAUUUCAAGAUACAAGUAUAGUGACCUUGUUUUGUCUCCAACCAUUGCCAACUGGUCUAUGAAGACCAUUUGCUUCUAUUAUAAACUCAGUCAGUCAGUACUAUGCUAUUCCUGAACGUUGCCAACAAAAACGUUCACUGGCUCCCUAUGGCCUUCUUCAGGAGUGAAUGACCCACUACUUUUGACACGUGACCUAACAGACACGUGGCUGGUUCUGUCAUGUUUGCAAGGAGUGGCACAAUGCAAAACACUGCCAGAAUCAAGUCAGUAUUGACAGUGACCAUACCCUUUCAAAAUGACAGCUAGUUCAUGACAUGGUUUUGGGGACAUCUAAAACGUUUAGAGUGACAGUCUACUCAGGCAUUGUAUCAUACUUAAGUCAUAUCUUGAACGAAUCGGGGACAGUGAAUGGAACGCAAGGGACAAAAUAAGUUCAAUAUUGUAUCUAAAAACUCGUGCGUCUAUUUUUACCUGUAGUACAUACAGUUUCUGACCAUGUUGCAAUGCAACAUUUGAGUGAUGGUGUUUUGACCAUAGUUAGAAUAGCUAUGUAGCAGAACGUGCGUAGUUCUAGAAAUGAAUAGGAGUAGUUGUGGUUUACCACAGAGUGUGUUGAACUGUGAUACAGGUAGCUUAGAUGUUCUAUCAGUUCUGGAUUCAUUGUAUAGAGACUAUUUUAAGAGCUAUCUUUAGAUGGUGUUUAACAUGAUUAUUAUAUAAUCUAUACAUGUACUAAGAUAUAUGUAGUGCAAAUAUCAAACAUUUUGGGAAUGUUAUUAAGAAGGAUGGUUAAGCAUAAUAACCAAUUUUUGAAAUUUAUGUAACUGCUUAGACAAUAUGUCUGCAAGGAAAAGGAGCAUAUCUUAAUGUAGUACAGCUUACAUGUUUAUAAGAUAGUACGCAACAUGCUUGUCAUCAGAUAUAUUAUCAUCACAUGACAAGGCAGAUCACUGGGGGAAGGACUGAAUCUACCUAGAACAUGUACAUGUAGGUUCAAUUCUGAUGCUAUUUCCAAAGAUUAAAUCAAGAAUAGUAAUUGUCAUUCCAACCUGUCCUUGUAUACUAUUAUUAAUGGGAUGUAUCUGUUUUAUGCACCUGUUUCUUCAAUUAUUGACUAAUCUAGAUAUGAAUAUUAUACUGAGUCCUAGAGAGUAAAAGAAGUAACAAGCGUACAUAAAAUGAAAGUACAACAAACUUUAUUGAAACACUAAAGCAGAUGCUUUCUCUGUUUAGUGAGCAGCAAUAUAUACAUACAAUGUCUAUACAUUUUAAGUCAUCUGUCCCUAGCCUUUUUAUCAAUUCUAGUCUGGUUUCCAUCUUCAUAGUUUUGCCAUCUCCCGGACUCAGUCAUAUACCACUGCGUGAGUCAGAGAGAAUGAACUAAGAGGAUGGUGCCCAAUCUAUAGCAAUUCUACUCUUGAUAUAAAUAAUUUUUCCUAAUAUUAAAACAAACAGUCACUGCUGACGAAGAAUACUGUCUCUCCACCCUCCCAAAUCACAGAGUUGCUGGAACAUUUAUCUAUCUACACAUUUGCAGCUAUUUUGAGUUAAUGAACUUCAGAACUCUACUGUGUCCUCUCACAGAUCACGAAAGUGUGGCCCAAAUUCUUCAUAGUCUUGACGGAAACACUCUCUAAAAGGAUCUCAACUAGAGGUUGCCCUUUCUUUGGACAGAACUGCGCCACCUUCUUCUAGUGAUUGUUAGUGUGUUAGUCCAUUACGGAGGAUACCGGACCAUUUUCUGUGAAUUGACAGAAGUACUGUGAAUUGGAGGUUUUGUAACAUACCGGUAAUUGUACAUCCUGCAAUUUGUUAUGGGUUGGUGAUAUUUCAUUGACAAAAAAACUGUGAUUCAAAGGACAAAAUUUGUCAGAGACUUCACAUCCUGCAGCAUCUAUCCCAGCACAUUCUGUGGUAAGGGAGGGUAGAAACUGAAGUAUAAGCAAUAAUAAUAUACAUUUCUCUUUCUAUCACUCUCAUACUAAUAUCAUGCAAUACCAGUAAUGCGGCUGUUACAUACAUACAUGCAAUGGCUUGGUAACAUCGGGGCCACACCUAUCUAAUUUCUUAGGCUUCCGAUUUUGUCAGAAAAAAAAAA